GUGCAGGAUUUCAAGCCUUUGAACCACUCAGCUUCACUUGUUUCUUUGAUGUAGGUUUCUUCUGCUAGGUAUAUAAUUGAAAAAAAACACAAAAUAACGAUACAACACUGAUAUCGUACGAAAAGUUCAUCCAUUCACAUUCUCCCUCGCAGAACGAACUGUCAAAAAUGACGUUACGAAAGAUGGUGUGGAAUAUUUGUGUGUGUGCGUGUGUGCUUAGCAAUUUUUGGAAAUCAGCAGCUUUGAUGGCGAGCACGCUCGUCAGAAUUAAAUUAGCACGCACAUUUUAUACAUUGUUCAAAGGAAUUUAACUCUCAAAUUGGUUUACGAUGGAAAAUCAAAUUUUUAUUACAUAUUUCUCAAAUCCUCACAAGUUUUGGUACAAACCGUUUCACCCGGGUAGCAAGAAAAAACAACUGAAACAACUGCAGGAUGCGGUCGAUGAGUAUUGUGAGCAACACUACAUGAAACAGGAGCUUGUAGAUUACGAACCGGUCUUUGGCGAGGUCGUGGCGUAUUUCGAGCCAUCGCUUGCUCGCUGGACCCGUUGCUGUGUGGAUGGCAUCAGGGAAGAGGAUAAAAGAAUGCGCACGUAUCGGGUCUGGUUGAUCGAUGAAGGUUAUCCGAAGAAUGUUGACAUGGAACACUUAAAACCAUUGCCAGAAGAAUUUCAGGACAAAUCGACCUCGAGCGUAAAGCAGGGAGCUAUAAAAAACAUUCUACCUGCGCACUGCGUGUACCACCCGCUAGAGGAAGAAUUUCGUAAAGCGAUAUGUUUAUCGUGGAAUAAAAGCGCGAACAAAAUGAUUCAGUCCCUCAUUGACGAAAUCCAAAAAAUAUGCUUUGCAAAUGUGUCCUCAUACCAGUUCGGCAAGGAAUCGAAAGAUUUUGGUGAUUUGCUGUUCUACACCAAUAGUAAGACAUUUAACGCUAUGGACGUUCUAUCGCAAUGGGGUAUGGGAUUGAUCGUUGACUCUGAGACUUUUCUUCAUCACAUGUUUGAAAGAAAAUCGAUUAAUAGCCCUGCGUCUUCGUUGGUUAGCGAGCUCCUGGACGACUCUUCCUCGUUUGGUAUGACGGUGAACAAGCAUAAACAAUAUGUUGUUUCGAAUGAAUUGAAUGAGCGACACUUUGACGAGUCGGUCAGUAUGGUAGGAGUAACAGUGAACCAACCAAGCGUAGUUCUUGACAAGCAGUCCAAUUCUGUUGAAAAUAACAGCUUAUCCACCACAACGUUACAAAAUGAAGAUAACAAUGGUGCCGAAUCAAGUGAAACAGGCACGAAAUUGUCAAAAUUGAGGCGCAAAAUACAGCAUCAAAUGGCACAAAGGAUGAAAAGCGUUCCUUUGAAUGACUGUAAAGAGAAAACUCAUGCGAAACCGACGCUGCAAGCAACAACAGCCUCGACAAUGCUUUUCAAAACAACCACCGAGCAACACUACCGAGCAACACCACUACAAGAUGAGCAUGUUGAUCCACUAGCUCGAAUCCGUAUUAGCCCGCAAUCAUUAACAAUCGACGUUGCCCAAUCGGCACAGGCCGAAUACGAGCUUAUGCACAUAAAGCCGAUGAAUCCUACUGUGCAGCAAAGCCCGACCAUUCGCGAACUUGUACCGAUUCCGCAACAUACGCCACCAUUAGUAAAGGAGGUAAAUGUUCAAGCGUCAGCAGGAGGUGGAUCAGCUCCUAAGUUUAUGCAAAAAAUCGCCAAAGUCAAAGCAAAUCUUAAUCAGCAAAAACAAAUCGUUCCUGUGUCUGAACAAUCGGCACCUUCUGCAAUGGGAUUUUCUCCUGCUGGUAUACCGAUUAGUUCUCUUCUUGCACCUAUGAAAAUGCCAACAAGUGGCUCCAAUGCUUCAUUGAAACGAUUUGAAAAAGUAAUACAGGACGAAAAAUGUUUAUUUUCCCGCAGAAGUCACUAUCGCGUACUGGUACAUGGUUCCAAACUUCCAAAUCCGAUCGAUCGUAUUGAAGCAGCCAACUUUACCCCGAGAGUCCAUCAAAAUCUGGAACAGCUAGGUAUCACCAAAAUACAUCGUCUACAGGCCUUCUCUUGGCCACACAUACUGCGUGAUAAUUCAUUCAUUUGCAUUAAUGGGGCCACCACGGGCAAAACGUUUGCCUAUCUGCCAGCCGUUUGCUCCGUUGUGCAAAGACAAGUUGAAGAGUCACUGGUCCCACCUAUAGCCGGACCAAUUGCCAUCAUCAUAUGCCACUCAUCACGAGAAGCUCAACGUAUCGCCUUCUUCUGCCGGACGAUGCUUAACUCUGUGGCACAUCCUGAGCUAACCGUCCUCGAAUGUUAUGGCAUACGGAACGUGACGAAAAAUUGCAACCUCCUCUUUAAUGGAUGUGCGAUCCUGGUAACAACAGCACCCAGUUAUCGGCGAUUGUACGAACGCGUGCCGGAAGCCUUCAACCGAAAACGAAUUCAAACGGUGGUGAUUGAUAAUAUCGAAAAAAUCUGGUCUAAUUUUGCACCAGAAAUCCGUUUGCUUUGCAAAACCUGUGAAAAGGAAGGUCUGCAGAUGAUCAUCACGGCCGGGUAUUGGAUACCGGUGCUUGCUAUCUUCCUUCAACGUUAUCACAACAUGAUUAUCUGCAUCGGGGCAUUUAUCGAGGCGGCAGUGUACGCAAAAGCGUUAUUUAGUUUUCGACUAUCUGCCAGCGACGACCAGAAAGAGAUCGAAUUGAUCAGACAACUAAGACUACACAAUUACCGAAACGAACGCACGAUCGUGUUUGGCAAAGAUGGUAACGAUUUGUUUCCGAUCGUAACUACACUGAAACAAAACUCGAUCAAUCACAUUGUGUGUAAUGAGCGGUCGGUUUUACAGCAGCACGCCGGGUUCAUGAACUGGGACGAGCAACUUCCAGGUGAUAUGGUGGUUUUUGUGUGCAGCGACGAAAUGUUGGGAGAUUUGAAGAUAACAAAGGCGCAACACAUAAUCCAUUACUCUCUGCCAUCGACAUGGUCAACGUUUACGAGACGCUAUGCCUGCUCCUUCGAGUACUAUGAGUCUCCAUAUUUACCAUGUGAUAGCAAACAAGCGAAGGGAAAACCAUCAUCGCUGGUGUUGCUGAAUGAAAACAAUAAUCAGGAGUUACCGAGGUUGGUCGAUUUUCUAGAGCUGCACUUGCCGAAAGUUUCGAAGAAGCUGCUAGAGUAUGCAAAGAAAAUCCGAAGCAUUCAUGAAAGUGCCAAAAUCGCCGAUGGGCGCGCAGUGUCCAUGCUUUGCACGCAUGUGUUAGGGUUUGCAGUUUGUCGUAGCAUUCCAAACUGUGUGUUUAGGCAUGCACUUACGCCGAACGAUAUGGCAAUAGAAACCGUGCCCAUAAAUGGCAAGAUAAGGCUGAAAAUAUGUCACGUUUUCUCUCCAGCGCACUAUGCCGUGCAUCUGGAGGCGCAUCAACCUGUCAGUGCAAACAAUUGGAUAGUGUUGAACGACAACAGGCGCUACAUGAUGCAGGAUAUUGCUGUGCAGGCAUACUAUGCCAACGAGGACCGCCAUCAGAUGCAUGGUGAGCCCCGACGAAACGAGCUGUGCGCUGUGUUCCACGAGCAAAGCUACUCCCGUUGUCGCAUCAUCAACUACGACGAAAUGAGUAUGGAUAACUGCGAAGUACAACUGCAGCUCAUUGACACUGGUCGCAUAGUUCACGUGAAAUCGUCUGCCUUGCUAUUUCUGCCCGAGCAAUUCUGUAAGCUUCCGGGGCAAGCAUUGAACGUUCGCAUUGCCUCGCUCGUGCCACACGAUUACGAACAGGACUGGGACAAAACGGCAACACUUACCGUAAGACAAUGGAUCGAAGAUCAUGCGAAUCGACCAAACUGUUUCAUUGAGAGCAAUGUGCUGCUUGUCAUAAAGGACACCGUGUGGAUCGAUGAUCUAUAUCUGACGGAGCAGUUGCAAGGUGUGAAAGCAAUGGUAACAACGAAGCGAAUUGGUGCGACCGUGAUUUCCAAACAGUUUGGCAUUGGGGACAAGAAAUCGUUUGAGCAGAUUCGGCAAAUUGUGUGUGACUGUGAAAAAUCGUUACGAUAUGAAAUACAAGAAAAGGAAAAGCAGAAGAAGGAAAACAGUCAAAAGAAACUGGAUGAGCCAGACAAUAUGGAAGAACUGGGAACGUUAAACGAGGCGAAAACGGGCUUUUUUGACGAUCAGAAAUCUAAUCAACGAAUGCAAAUGUUCCUCACCGACGAAGGGUUUGAGCAAAUUCGGUCCAAUUCCGUACAGUGUGACAAUGGUGAAUCGGAAUAUGACACACAACUGACGAACCCAUCGGUUGGAUAUCAACAAUAUGUAGAAACAGAUCAAAUGGGUUUGGUCUCGACCGAAUUCGAUGUUCCGUAUUCUUCAUCUAGCUCGUUUGAAGAGCUUUCGCUCUGUCGAGACGCGGAUCAAUAUCAGUUUGAUACGUUUCUUGUGCAGAAAACGUAUAACGUAAUUAUUGGACACUAUCUUGCACCGGACAAUUUUUUCGUGUAUCGAUAUGACAGAAUAUCAGAAGUUGAUAACGCGAUAAAAGAAUUUGUCAAAGACGGAAGUAAAUUAACUCCUCUAAAGAACCCACAAAUCCAUCAACACUGUCUGGUGUUAUUUGAUCAUUGUUACCAUCGUGCGCGUAUAAUGAAGGUGUUAGAGGUUGACAACGGCAUAGAGGCUGAAGUGUUUCUGCUUGAUUUUGGCGGCACAUUUAAAAGCAGUUAUAUGUUUAAAAUUUCGGAGAAACUGCUUCGCUCAGUUCCGUUUUUGGCCAUUAAAGGGUCGCUAGCACAAAUUCAUCCCCCGAAUGGCGCAACCGAAUGGACCGAAGAGGUCGCAGAUGCAAUCUACGAUAAAUGGUUGGAAAAACACAAUCAAGGUACGAUGGUUGCAACCGUCACAAGAGUUCUACCGUGGGGAAGUGCAAAUCGCAUCGAAGGAUGCCACCGAUACGAGAUGGUCUUGGGUGAGGAAAAUUCGUCGGAUGAGUUUUCAAUUAUUGCGGAUAUUGUGUACGAUAAGCUAGCAAUCUUAUUACAACUGGACAACGAGGACGAAUCUAGUACCGUGGCCGAUACUGACGAUGAUUUUAUGCAGGUCAACUUUACCCCACAGGAGCUGAUGAAUAUGAUGAAAAAAAUUGCAGCACCAAGAAAGGAAGAUAACAAAGCGCAACCUAUCGAAGAAUCUCGCCGUAUUUCCGAGAUACCUGCCUCUGUGAUUUCAGAACCAUCUGAAGUUUCACGAAUGCCCAACACAAAAUUACUAGCAAAGUCAAACGAAAAGCAAGAAUCGAAAAAAUUGUUACGAAACGGUCGAAAGUUACACCUAAAGCCGCUAGUAUCCGAUUACCAUUUUGCGCAGACCGUUUGGCAGCAGGAUAAAUAUUUUAUUAUUCUACGAGUUCAUGCGCCGGACGUGGAGCGAUACGACCUUGUCGCCAAUCACAACUCCCUGUUGCUGCAAUUUGUGAAGGCAGAUGAUGAGCAACGUUAUAUAGUUCCGCUGAAUUUAUUUAGUGUAAUUGACCCACGACACACGGCGCAUGAAGUACGUGGCCUUUCGAUAGUCGUACGACUGCGAAAGCUUGUACCUUCCAUGCGCUGGCCUAAGCUACACAAACACGGACGAAAGUUGGCAUGGCUUAAAGCUGCUACCACCACCGUUAACGAAAGUGGAUCCAGUUCGGAUGAAAUUGUAAAAAAAAAUCGAUGGAAAGGUUUGGUACAAGCAAAACUGGAUAGUUCGGUGGAUAGCUCACAGUCCGGCAAUGAACAAGAUAUCGAUUCCGAUGUGCACGAUGAGGAAGGUGUGUUUCUAGCAAUGAACUAAAAUAUGCUUAGUUUUGUAGAGAUUGGUGGAGCCGUCAAUAUAAUUUGUGCAUAGUUGAUAGCAUUAUUUUAUCUAACCUUUUCCAUAAUAACCAUUGGUGUCAUGUCUGCCUUUAUAAAAGCAUUCACUGGACUGGUUAAUUGUGCCACUACGGUACCUAGCUGUAUAUCAAUCAUUGAAUUGUAAAAUCUUUGUAGAAACCUAACAUUUUAACAUUAUACAUUUACUACACAUUUAUUCAAUACCAGACCGAAUCAAUACGAUGGAUGUAAGAUAGAAAACGACGUGAUUUAUGAAUUAAAAAAGAAACUGACGUUUCUAAAUGAACUGACGUUUGUAAGGAAAUAGAGUUGGCGGCAAAUAAAAUGGUUUAAUAACAUGAAGACACAUCCCAAUUUCUUAUGUAACGAUUGUUCUAUAGCUGUAAAGCAUGCAGGGGCAAAUUUUCCCGAAAUUUGUCCUUCAAAAUCAGAGCUGCAUCUUAUGCACGAGUGCACAACUAUGCUUGUAGAGUGAGAGCAAUGCAUACGGUCCUAACAACCAGUACAAUGUUUAUGAUGUAUUCGGUUCAAAAAAAAAAGUUUUACUUUUAGCUUGGUUUCUACUACCAAAAAUCGAGUUGCAUCUUGUACACCAGGAAAUACGGUACUAUAAAACUAAAAA